AUGUCUUCCACAGCAGAAGUACGGCUUGAGCCACUUGGCCUUGCCCUCUUGAGACAAGCCUCGAGGAUCGAGUCCUGGGUUCGCGGACUUGACGUCGAGCACACAAAGCUCUCCGAUUAUGAUAGGAAAGAACUUCAAAGGUGGAUCGACUGGAUCUAUGAAGAUGGCGGCGUAGUUCGUUUAGCAGCUCUUCAGGUCCCUGAUAAUACUACUCUCCGCGAAGGCCAAAGCACGUUGGACAACCUUGAGAACCUUAUAAGAGCCGUUCUGGGGAGAGACGAUUAUUUGAACGUACAAGGGCGAAACUAAUGGGGGAUGAGGAAUAGUUGACCCUUAAAAGCAUGGGACAGGGGCUUGAUUGCAUAUCAACUUUAGCCUGGAUGUAAGAUUUUUCGGGUCACCUCGAAGGUCGUCUGGAUCUAGGCCUUGGCGUUUGCGGUGGACUUUCUGCUGUUCGAUGGUUCGGUAUACA